UCAGUCAGAAGCAAGCCAUCACAUUUUAUUUGUCAAGUAAAGAGAAUGGAGCGCAAAUCGGGAGGAUGUAAGUGUUGGAUCGUAUCGUUGAAUCGCGUAGGAAUAGUAUAGUAGAUUGAGUGAGAGGUAAGCGGAGUAAGAGGAGAAUGACUUACUUGUAGAAAGAGAGAAGAGGGAAGCAGAGAAGCGAUACCAGUACAGUUGCCAGCUGGUCGUCAAUUCGUGCGUGUCGUUCAUACACCGGACGUGAAAUAAUCACGCGUCUGACUUUUACAGCAUGAAGUACUACAAGCCAUUACAAAAAAAUUUUAUUUAUUAUUUUCAUCGUUUUAAUCAUUUUCUGAGUACUUAUCAACAAUAAUCAAUUGUUUCUCCAGAUGAUUAUUAGGAAUAAUUGCAAGUAUGUCGGUGUUCUCAAGACUUUUAGACAAAACGUCAGCUACAUGUGGUAUACAUCGCGAAACUCUAGCCCGUGGAGUUGUCGGUGUUGUCACAACUUUAUAUAUAAUCAAACUCACAUACCCACGUAUUAUUAAAGUUAAACAGCGGAUAGAAAAAAAUUUGAAAAAUGACACAAGUGUAGAAAUAGUAAAUAAUAAUAAACAAUGGAACUCAAAUUCGUUCAAACAAAACAAACCCAAUCAAGUUGGAUUAGAUCAGAAAUUUGCAAAACAACUUAUUCAAUUAUUGAGAAUUAUGAUACCUGGAUGGAGAUCUAAAGAAGCAGGAUUAUUAUAUUGUGCUACAAUAACGUUACUUGCAAGAACAUUUUUAUCUGUUUACGUUGCUACACUUGAAGGCCAAAUUGUCAAGAGAAUUGUUCUUAAAGAUGUUAAACAAUUUCUACUAUAUCUAGCCAGAUGGUUUGCUAUUGCAUUUCCCGCUACCUUUGUUAAUUCUGCUAUCAGAUACUUGGAAGGAAGAUUGGCACUUGCCUUCAGAGAAAGACUUGUUCGGUAUGCUUAUAAAAUGUACUUGAGUCAACAAACUUACUAUAGAGUAUCAGCUUUAGACAAUCGGUUAGGAGGAGCAGAACAAAGACUGACGGAUGAUUUAUCAGAAUUAGCAAGCUCUGUUGCUCAUCUUUAUUCACAUCUGACGAAACCUCUUUUAGAUUGUUCCUUAGUUGGUAUUACACUUAUAUCUUUUUCAUCGAAAAUGGGUUCAAAAACAAUUCCAGGUCCAAUGUUAGCGGCUGCAGUCGUUGCUAUUACUGGUCAGGUACUUCGUUUAGCAUCUCCAAGAUUUGGCCAACUUGUAACAGAGGAAGCCUCACGCCGAGGAAGACUACGUGAAGCGCACGCUCGAAUUAGUGCGCACGCCGAAGAAAUAGCAUUUUAUGGUGGUCACAAUACUGAGCACCGAUACUUGAAUACAGCAUACAGAUCAUUGGUUGUCCAUUUACGUAAAGUUCUCGCUCUUAAACUUUGGUACAUUAUGCUGGAACAAUUUCUAAUGAAGUAUGUGUGGUCUGGAACCGGAUUACUGAUGAUUGCAAUGCCUUUACUCUACUCCAAUUCCAAGGCAUCCUCAAGUAGUAUAAGCGGAGAUAGUGAUGGUGCUGUAAGUGAACGAACACGAUAUAUAACUACAUCAAAGAAUCUUCUAGUUUCUGGUGCUGAUGCUGUUGAACGACUUAUGUCAUCAUACAAGGAAUUAGUCGCACUUGCAGGAUAUGUCAAUAGAGUAAGUGAAAUGUUUGAUGUGUUCAAGGACGCUGCACUUUGUAAAUAUCAAAGAACAGUAGUAACAAGUCAACAAACUCGUGGAGCUAACGGUAGUAUCACACCGUCUCCUGAAAGAAUACUUGAAUUCGAAGAUGGUGUACCAGUCAUCAAAGGUAUCGUACGCGAAAGUCUUGAUGGAAGCAUUGCUCUUAAUGAUGUUCCUAUUGUUACUCCUAAUUGUGAAGUAAUUGUUACCAGUUUAACUCUUCAAAUAAAACCAGGAGAUCAUUUAUUAAUAACUGGACCUAAUGGCUGUGGAAAAAGUUCUUUAUUUAGAGUAAUUUCCGGUCUCUGGCCAGUUUAUGGAGGUAUUCUUACAAGACCUUCAGAUGCUUGGUCUAAGAAAACAGGCAGACCAGCUAUGUUUUAUAUUCCCCAAAAACCUUACAUGACUGUGGGAUGUUUGAGGGAACAAAUAACAUAUCCAGCUGAUAGCCAAAGUGCUGACUGUACUGAUGAGCAACUUUUAGCUCUUCUAGACCUUGUAGACUUGCGUUCUUUAGCAGAACGAGAGACAGGAGGUUUAGACGCAAUGGGAGAUUGGGAUUCAACUUUAUCUGGUGGAGAAAAACAAAGACUUGCAAUGUCUCGAUUAUUUUAUCAUGCACCUCAUUACGCUCUAUUAGAUGAAUGUACAAGUGCUGUAAGUUUAGAAGUAGAAGGAUCUAUGUAUGAAACGGCGAAACAAAAAGGAAUUACAUUAUUGACAAUAACUCACCGGAUCUCGUCAUUAUCCAAAUACCACCGAUAUGUACUUCGUUUUGAUGGAGAGGGAGGAUGGACCUUUGGUUUACUUGAUCACAACGAUAACUCUCUUCUGAAACCAAUGAAUGGCAAUGUUAGGAAAGAACAAGAAGCUCAUAAUCAUAAGUUACAGGAAAUUCGAGAACUAGUUGGUGAAGAUACUCAGCAGUACAACGGAAUCAGUUGAAUUAAACAGAAAAUGUGAUUAGAAAGUGAUUUAAUAAUCGAAAAAAUAACAUAUAUAUCGUGAAUAUUUAUUGUUAACUAUUAUUCUUACGAAAAAUUUUAAUUUUACAUUAUGUUUAUAGGGGAAAAUGUUAUAUUAUAUAUUUUUAUAUUAUUGAAACUAUAUCGAUAUUGAUGAAUUGAUAUUCAAUUUGUUUAAAGAAAACAAAUUGAAUGUGGAUACUUGAAUCUGGACAGUAUUGUAGAAUCGAAAAUUGUGUCAAGUUAACGAAUUUAUUAUUGUAGAAAAAUGUAAAUUUAUAAAUUGUUACAAAUAUAUAAUGGAAAAAUAUUUAAAUCAUA